GGGGUUCCUCGCCGUGGCCUUGCUGGGUAGUGCUCGGUACCGGGAUGAGAGGAAAGGCUGCCUUCCCGGACCUAGGCCACGGCCGGGAGCUGCCCUUCGGUUGCCUGCGUGACACCCUUGCUGUUGUACUGACGUUUGCUCCCUGUGCUGCUUCUCAGACUUCUCUAAAUCACAAACUGCAGCAGAUUAUUUAAGGUUUCAGGAAAAUACGGCAGAAUUAGGACCGAAUGAUAGCAGAUAUCAGUCCUCGAGCUGGGGAGGUGGCAAUGCAGCUGGUGGUUGAGAGUGUGCCCAAUCCUUGUAGGAACAGUCGGUUUCCAUCUCUAGGAGGGAGGGCCCGUAGUGAGCCGGGUGUUGCCGCUGUCUCUUUGCAGCGCUGAGCAGCCAUGGAGAGGAUGCAGGAGGUCGUUGGGCGGGCGAGAGCCGCCUUCAACUCGGGCCGGUGCCGCUCGCUGGAGUUCAGGAUGCAGCAGCUGAAGGCCCUGGAGCGGAUGGUGCGGGAGAAGGAGGAGGAGAUCCUGGCAGCCAUCAAGGCAGAUCUGCACAAGAGUGGACACAACGCGUACAGCCAUGAGAUCCUGGGCGUUCUGGGGGAGCUGGCCCUGGCCAUGGACAAGCUGCCGUCCUGGGCAGCCCCUCAGCCUGUGAAGAAGCACCUGCUGUUGAUGCGGGACGAGGCUUACGUUUGCCUCGAGCCGCUGGGGGUGGUGCUGAUCAUCGGGGCCUGGAACUACCCCUUUGUCCUGACCAUGCAGCCUUUGAUCGGGGCCAUCGCAGCAGGCAAUGCCGUGGUGGUGAAGCCGUCGGAGAUCAGCGAGAACACGGCUCAGCUGGUGGCUGAUCUCCUCCCCCAGUACCUGGACCGGGAGCUGUACCCUGUGGUCACUGGGGGGGCAGCCGAGGCGACAGCGCUGCUGACGCAGAGAUUCGAUCACAUCCUGUAUACCGGCAACUCCGCCGUGGGCAAAAUCGUGAUGGCAGCAGCCGCCAAGCACCUGACGCCCGUCACCCUGGAGCUGGGUGGGAAAAACCCCUGCUACAUUGACAAGGACUGUGACCUGGCUGUUGCCUGCAGGCGGAUAACGUGGGGGAAGUUCAUGAACUGUGGGCAGACCUGCAUCGCCCCAGACUACAUUAUCUGUGACCCGUCCAUCCAGAGCAAGGUGGUGGAGAACAUCAAGGCGGCUCUGCAGGAGUUCUAUGGGGAAGACGUGAAGUCAUCUCCGGAUUACGAAAGGAUCGUCAACAAGCGUCACUUCAAGAGGAUCCUGGGCCUGUUGGAAGGGCAGAGGAUUGCUCACGGGGGAGAAGCCGAUGAGGCCUCCUGCUUCAUAGCACCAACUAUCCUCACCGAUGUUUCUCCGGAGUCAAAGGUGAUGGAGGAGGAAAUCUAUGGACCGGUCCUUCCCAUUCUGACCAUGAAGAGCGUAGACGAAGCCAUUGAGUUCAUCAACCGUCGGGAGAAGCCCCUUGCCCUGUAUGUCUUCUCCAACAACAAGAAGUUAAUCAAAAGAGUCAUCUCAGAAACCUCCAGUGGUGGUGUGACUGGAAAUGAUGUCAUCAUGCAUGCCCUCCUCUCAACCUUACCCUUUGGUGGUGUUGGUAACAGCGGGAUGGGCGCCUACCACGGCAAGCACAGCUUUGAGACCUUCUCCCACCGCCGUGCCUGCUUGAUCAAGGACCUGAAGAUGGAGGGUACGAACAAUUUCAGGUACCCGCCUAUCAGCCAGAAGAAGGUGGACUGGGCCAAGUUGCUGCUCUUGAAGCGAUUUAACAAGGGACGAGUGGGACUGGUCAUCUUGGCCCUGCUGGGGAUUGUGGCAGCGGUGGUGAUAAAGAAUCACCAGUCUGUGCUGAAGAGAAAAGCUCUCUUGGUUGUGCUGGCUGUUCAGAGGCUGGGCUGGCUGAGUGUGUGGUAAGGAGGAGCAGGUUUCAGAGCACUGCUGUGGCUGUCACAGUGAGAUGGUUUACUGCUGAAGAGAGGAGAAGGCGCCACGUGCAAGUCAUGCUCCGAGUGCUCGCUUUGUGUCUGUUCCUUUAAGCUGAGAAGUCCUUUUUUUCUUUCGUACUGGGUCAUUUCAGUGGGCUGCUGAGCGCACAGAGUAGCCUUAGAGAGGCACUAACCAAGAGAAGGCUCGGACUCCCGUGUACUAAAAAGCCGUUCUGAUACGAAGGGACCACUGGGUGCAAGCUCUCGAAAGGAGGACCGCAGAGCAAGAAACACCAGUCCCUACGUCCACCCCGUGCCACGCAGAGCUCUGCUUCCAGGGACGCGCACGCCGCAUCUCGCACCGAACCGCUUCCCUUUCUCCGGUGACGAAGAGGAGCUUAAGUUUCAGCUGUGACUGGGUUGACAGCGUUUUCCCUGCAGCGUUCGGGAUGGUCUGUCUUCUGCUGUGCCCCGAACAACCACCCCCUUGGUGACGAGUCUGAGACAGGCUGUGCUGGCUGAUGCGUGUUACCAAUAGCGGUGGUUACGAAUAAACCUAGUGAGGUUCCCCUUGCUGUUUGAUUGAGGUGGAAUAUUCCUGGAUCUCUGCGAAGCCGAGUCGUCCGCAGCUGGUCAGGGGAUGCAGGCUGACGCCCUUUUUGGGGCUCUGGGUUUCAUCGUGUGCCUGUAACCGUUGUCUGGCAGUUAGCAAAUUCCAAAGACGCUACCUGCGCUGCCUGUGUUUUGCUGAUAGAGUGUCUCGGGCUCGUACAAGAGAACUUUCAGGCCUCCUGUUUAGACAAGUGGGAAUCACAAAGUACCCUGUUGUGGGUUAGCCCGGCUGGGCAUCUGAGCCCCACACAGCCGCUCGCUCACUCCCCCAGUGGGACAGGGAAGAGGAUCGGACAGGGAAGAGAAUCGGCAGGGUAAAAGGGAGAAAACUCGUAGGCUGAGAUAAAGGUAGUUUAGUAGGUGAAGCGAAAGCUGGGCGUGCAAACGAGCCAAUUAAGGAAUACAUGAACUACGUCCCCUCGGCAGGCAGAUGUUCAGCCAUCCCCAGGAGAGCAGGGCUUCCUCGCACGUAACGGCGACUUGGGAAGACAGACGCCGUAACUCGCACUGUCCGCUCCCCAUCUUCUUCUUCUUCCCCCCCUCGGCUUGUAUGGCUGAGCACGACGUCCUGUGGUCUGGAAUAUCCGUCGCUUUGGUCAGUUGGGGUCAGCUCUCCCAGCCGCGUCCCCUCCCCGCUUCUUGCCAACCCCAGCCUACGUGCUGGCGGGGCGGGUUGAGAAACGGAGAGACCUUGGCGCUGUGCAAGCGCUGUUCAGCAACAGCUAAACCACGGGUGUGUUACCGACACGGUUUUCGUCACAAAUCCAAAGCGCGGCACCAUCCCAGUGGGAAGAAGCUUAGCGACUCUGAUGAAAACGAACUCCAUCCCAGCCAAAACCAGUACAAACCCCUUCCUGGUCAGAUUCCUCCAAGGGAAAACAGUUACUGAAAGAGCGUGUGCUCCUUUGUGUUUGAGCUUCUGGGUCUGCCGUAGUCUUGCGCUGGGAGAUAAUAUGGGGCUUGUCCUAGCUUGGGGAGAGGAUGCUGGAGAAAUUUAAGGUGAAUGGACCUUAGAAAUCUUAACGUUUCAAUAAGGAAAAAUUAAAAAUGAUUCUUAAAUGCAAUUACUCACAAGAGAGUAGAAGAUGACAUUUACUGCGCAAUAGGUGGGGUUUCUUCAUGUCUGUUGAAAAUCCGUGUGCUAAGCCUUUUUAACGAUCUAUUUUGCAAGUACUAAAUAAACACUGAGAAUUUAAAUAAUAAA